CAUUCAGUGGAGGUGCGCGGUGGCCUCGGUCCGUCUGCGCCUGCUUCAGGGUGGAAUUAAAGGCUCUGUCAAGGAUCUGGAUACUUCCAACAACGAACUAGCAGGGCUACAGGGCACGCCGCGGGCUUAUGCCAUCACCUGCUUCUUCCUCCGGCCUGAGGGAUGGGGACAAGAGGCGUGUGGACGUGGUGGGUAGGAGAGACAGACAAUGUGCGGUACACGAGCCGGUGCAGGCCAGCUGAACGGCGGCCGGCCUUCAGCGAGACGCACGGAGCCAGUGCUGUCUGAGACGUGUGCACGUGAGGGUGUGGGUCGCCGCGUCGCUGUCGUCCCCCACCGCCACUGCCUCCGUCGCUAGCUGACGCUACAGCCGCGGACGGACCUCAACCUGGUGAAGAUGUCGUCGUAGGGACCAGGAGUCAGCCUUUCCGGGUCUUCUUCUCUUCCUCAAGCACAGGUCUUCCCUCAGCCUCUUCCUUCGACUUUUCAAGAUUUCCGUCGCCUUGAUAGAAGAGAAGGAACGUUAGAUCCUUUCUUCGGCACUUUUAUAUCUUCUAACCGUAGUCUAGUAACGUAAUUGGCGAAGGUUUUAUGUAUCUCUGUGUCCUGAUGGUGCUACAUUACCCCUGAAGUCUCCUGAGCAACGUUCUAGCUCUGGAAAACGUUUAAAGCUGUGACAUAUACUUGUAGCUCUGAAAAUACGUGUAAACUGCAUAAAGAACGCUGAAUAUAAGGCACCAUUCGAGCUUCGUAAAAUCGCUCAAAGCUAUGAAAUGUUAAGAGCUCCCGAAAAGCGUGGUGACUGUGUAUAGGACGUUGGACAUAUAUUUCCACUGAACGUUUCCAAGCGCUGAGAAACAACUAGAGGUUUGAGAAAUAGCCCCAGGGAGGAAAACGUCCGAAUCUGAAGGAAUUACCAGACCAUUAAAAAAAAAAGAACUAUUGAAACUGGAAGACUUUUGAGACUUAGAAAGAGAAAACUCAGGAACUUGAGGAAAAAACUGUUGAUAGGUGGAGAAGAAUUAGUUGAUAAAAAGCCCAAAAAGUGAUAGACACUGGAACUCUGAAACUGACGCAGGUGAGGGAUUGAAAAAUUAUCCCAGAGCCACCAGAAUGCAUGGAGUGACAUCUUACAGAGGGACAUUGAACUCAGGGACCACUAGAGGGGGCACAGAUACCUCCAUCAACUUAUAAUGUCCCGGAGAGUCCCACUUGAGAGCCCGAAGGUGGUACUGCGGUAAGGGGGUGAAGGAUUAGAACCCAUUAGAGUGACAUAAAUAAAUUAACUUAAAACUCAGGGACCAUUACAGGGACCUAGAAAUCUCUCCCUUCGACUUAUGAUGCCCCUGAAAUACCACUUGAAGAAUCCUGAGGAAGAAGAAAGCUGAGGAAGUGACGGAUUAACACUUGUUCUACUUCCUGAAGAUGUAGAGACUGGUACUGGCCUACUGGAUGCACCUUUGACUCCCACCGGCGUGUGUACCCGUGUGUGUGUACCUGUGUGGGUGUUGCAAGGCUGUCGUGUCGCUAAGGUGUUGCGUCUCAGUGGUGGUGGUGGCUGCGGCAGUAUGCUGAUGGGAGGACACUGUGCUGGGGUGUAACAAAGUAGUCAUCAUCUUCCUUUCCUCCUUCUCCCUCUUCCUUUGAUUCCUCUCUUCCGCCGCCGUCUCCUCCGUCUCUCUCUUCCCCCCGAAAUUCGUUCCCUAUCUCCUCUCUCCCGUUUACAUAUUUUCUUCUGCCCUUAUUUCCCAUUCUUUCCAUAUUCGUGUAUUUUUUGUUCUUCUUUGCCUUCGUUGGUCUUUCUCUUACUCAUCCCUCUCUCUCACCUGUUUUACCAACCCUUCUUUAAUUACUCUCUCUCUCUCUCUCUCUCUCUCUCUCUCUCUCUCUCUCUCUCUCUCUCUCUCUCUCUCUCUCUCUCUCCUUUUCUCGUUUUUUUCAAGGACAGACCGCCUAGUUUGAACAAUAUGGUCUGUGUGGUCUGAACUCUGGUCUAUGCAAAUCUGUGUAAACCUCUCUCUUUUUCUCUCUCCCUUCGCACCUUGUUUUCCACCCCCGCUCACCUCACUCUCCAUCUCUCUACACCUUCCCCUCGCGUCCCCUCAGUAACCAUGGUGACGGCCCCCCUCAUCGCCCCGCCACCCCUCCCCACCACCACCAUCACGCUCAUAAACGCGGCUCCCGGUGACUUACUUCCCCUGUGGUAGUGGCAGUUUGCUCCGUACCCAUCUGUAUCCAUCCUUCUGGUGCACUUGAUUACUGGAUUCCUCACACCAUCAUCAUCGUCAGCACCACUACCAUGGGCCUCAACGCAACCCUUGAGUCCAUCGUCACCAGCAUGGCUUCGAUGCUCAUCCUCAACCUGACUGAAGAGGAGACUGGCUCGGGGUUCAACCAGUCUACCACCCUCUGGCCCCCUACCAGUACUGGUUCCCCGUUCGACACCACUAGCCCCUCGCCAGUCUCCUCGCAGUCCCCGUCUCCCUGUGGCACUGAGCCAGCAUUUCCAAGCAAUUACGGAAUCAGGGAUGUCAUCAGGAUGCGCGGGAUGGAGAACGGACAAAGCCUGGAGUGCAGCGGCUGGUUACCGAUCAACCACAUCUACUUCCAACUGGCCAACAUCUUCCUCUUCCUCUCCUACCUGGCCCCCAACGGUAUAUAUGGGAUCCUCUACCUACGCAUCACCCUCACCAUCGGCUGCAUGUUCUUCAGCCUGUGGGGCUGGGUGAUUCUGUGCGCCUUCGACACAUUCCUGUGGAACGCCAUCUUCGUGCUCAUCAACCUGGUGCACGUGGUCAUCAUCUGCUACUACCUGCGGCCCGUCAGGUUCACGCCCGAGCUGGAACAGGUACGUGGUGCGCUGGCUGGGAGGACUCAAAGGUAGUGUUUGGGUUACCUGCCGAUUACUACCUGUUAUUGUUAUCUUGUGUUGUUGUUGUUACUGUUGUUAUUGUCGUUAUUAGAAUUGUUUAUGAUGUUAUGAUAAGAAAACGGGUACAAGUAUUUCUAAUUAUACUACUACUACUACUACUACUACUACUGCUGCUGCUGCCACAACUUUUACUAUAACUAUUGUUUCAACAACUUCGAGAACCACCAUCACCACAACCACCACCUCCUCCACCAACUACUCCACCACCACCUCCACCAACUACUCCACCACCACUAUCACCACCACCACCACCACCACCACCACUCACCUGAACUCUGCCUUAACGAACAUAACAGGUCAGUCAACAGGUGUUACCCCUUCACCUGCACGAUGGCUCAGUCAAGGCCCAGUCAGGUGUGUUUAAUGUUGUUACGUCGGGUUAAUGGCUGUUGCUGAGGCGCGCUGAUGAAGGCUGGACUCUGCCACAGCUGUGCUGCUGGGAGUUGGGCGGUGUUGACGGGAGGCGUGCCGCGGUGAAGGGACAUACAAGGCUGGGAGAUAUUAUGGUGACUGAGAGUAAAUAGUGGACGCGGACAUGUCCAAUUACGUGCAGGACGGAUAACAGAUGAACAGUUAAGUGGAGAUGUGAAAUUCGAAGCUUCUGCUGGAGGAAGCUGAGAACGUAUACACCAAAGAGUCAAGAGCCAUUGGUAUACACUGCAAUGGACAGUUUACAAUGGACUAAUAAUGGCUGCUGCUGGAUUGUAAUGCUGUUGAUGGUGCCCCUUCUUCUGCUGCUGUUGAUGAUGAUGAUGGGGUACUAUGUGAUCGGUGUAUUUAUUUCGUGGUGAAAUGGUUAACACGCUUAGCAACGAAUCGGCGGGCCUGUGUUCGAUCCCGGUCAGGGCAGUCAGGGCGCAGCACCCCAGUUGUUCAUCCUCACGUCCGGCCUGGUCGAUGAAUGGAUGCCUGGGGAAGGUAAGCUGUGGCAAACCAUACGUCACACUUGCCCUGUGUCCCGGGGUAAUGGGUUCUUACCCACUAGCUUAAAGGGUUAGUAUAACGGAGAUGUGCGCUGACGCAACGAGCAGCCAUAAAGUAUUUCUAUUCUGCUUUGGAUAUUGUGUGAUGUGUUUGGAAUGGGUUAGGUAUGAUAGGAUGUGUUCACUAAAAGAGGCCUAGAGAUAUGCCAAGAUGCGCUGAGUAAAUGUUGAUUCAGAUGUGCAAGAUCCCGUCAGGGUAAGUUAAAGUUCUACGAGGGUUUACAGGACUGUG